AUGUCAACGUUCACAGGAUUUAGUGAGGAGGAUUUGAAGAGAAUUAAGUCAGAAUCAAUAGCAAGCAACGACUACCCAGUCAAAAUAGAAAAUGCAAAGAUAUCAAGCAUUGGAAGCAAAAUAAAAAGACCCAUACCACAAUACAAACUUCCGAUACUACAGAAAAAUAUUGAUGAUGAGAUUGACACGGCUUUCGACAACUGUAAACUAAGUUUGAAAUCUCCGACAAUAACAAAUAUAAGUACUGAAAUUAAUGGUAAAAAUGAAAAUGUUAAUAACGAGACUAUCAAUCAUAACAAAGAGAAUAUGACACCUUUGAAUAUUGAUGUAGUUAAUGAAAUGAAUCAAGAAAAGGAUUUGUCAGUAAAUGAAAAUGCAGUCAGUAGACGGAAUAGUUCCAAUCUGGCACCAGAUGUGAUCAGAUGUGUUGAUAAUUACACUGAAGAUGAAUUAGCAGCUCAUAGACUGAAAUUAGAGGAAUUGCAGAUUCAACAGAAGUUGAUGGAGGAACAGAAUAAGAAGAGGAAGGAAAUGCUCGCCAAGGCUCUGGCUGAUCGGACAAAACAAACAGAGGAGGAAGUAUUGAAAUUGGAAAAAAUAAAGAAAGAACUCCAAGUAUUGGAUGGCCAGUUUUCUCAGGAUGUGGCCGUUUUGAGGAAGAAAAUAGAUCAAGCUUGUGUCAGCUUUGCAGAUGCAGAAAAACAAUAUUUGAAAAUAGAAAAAGAAUUUUUACAAGCAAAAAUUAAUUUGCAAAAGGAAAGGGAGAAAAAGGAAUUGUUGACAGAGCAUCUAUGUGCGUUGAUAACACACAAUGAAACAAGGAAAGCUCAAAAACUGGAAACAUUGAUGCUUGAACUUGCAAGUGAGAAAAACAAAGUAGAAACGCCAAGUGUGAGUCCGAUUAUUAUUGAUGGUGUUGAUGAACGGACUGGUAAAAUCGUUGAGAUAUUGCCACAAACAUAA